AUGGCGGAACCAAACGCCCUACCACCGGACGUGAAUCCGGAGAACAAUCCCAUUCCCGGUGCACCACUAAUCAAUCCGGGUCGGCCACGGAACAAUGUGCAGAAUCCGCUGAUCAACGUGCGCGAUCGGUUGUUUCACGCGCUUUUCUUCAAAACGGCAAUCGCCUACGCGCAGACUAUACCACGGCCGGUCCGACGCGCGAUCGAACUGAUGAUGUUGCUGAAGGCGCUGACGGCGUUCUUCAUCCUCGCGUACAUCCACGUGCGCUUCUCACAAACACCAACGACGUGCCUGGAGCACGUCAAGAACGAUUGGCCGCGCGAUGGAAUCCUGCGCGUGGAAAUCGUUAGCCUUAACCGAAACGAGUACGACGGGUCGAAACAGGUGUCCGCCGAAAUGGACACCGGCGACGUGAAUGUGUUACGCAACACGCUAAAGAACGGCAUGGUCAGUAUCGAUCCGUCUACGACGCUUCCGCACGAAGAAGAACACAAUCAGAACGGUGUGGAUGUGCUGGUGCAGCUGAGCUACGCCAACAGCAGCCCGGUGGCCAAGGAACAGGUUUCCUACGGCCACGAACCGAUGACGUCGGAUUUGUAUGCGAGCACGCGGCCGGAAAAGGUCAUCGUCACCGAGAACCUCACCGGGGUGACGAUAGACAGUACACCGUUUCCCGGUGGGGGUGCCGAUGGGAAGGAACCGAAGGAACCCGACGUGCUGGCGGCGUCGGCGGGAAAACUCGAGGAGCCAGCAAAGCAGCAGGAAAGUGUGGUUGUUUACACCAACGAAACCAUCAUGAAAUCGCUCGAUUCGCUCACUGGUCUGGCCGGAACCGAGGAGCUGAAGUCUGACGUGCCGGUCAUGGAGAAGCUGCGCAAUACCGUGUUGGCCGCCGAUCAGUACAUUGUCGAGUAUUCAUUAGAGUAUGGAUUCUUGCGGCUUUCCGCGGCUACGCGGCAGCGUCUGAACAUUCCGGUGGCCGUCGUACGGCUGGAUCCGCAGGUGAACAAGUGCUUCGGCGAUUCGUUCAGCCGGUUGAUUUUGAAGCAUUUCCUCGGAUACGACGACAUACUGAUGGCAUCGGUGAAAGUGCUGGCUGAGCAGGAGGACAACAAGGGCUACCUGCGGAACGUCAUCACCGGGGAACACUUCCGGUUCGUGUCGGUGUGGUGGAUGGGCCGUGGUUCUUAUACUGGAGCGUUUUUCAUCAUGGUUCUGUUUACAAUUUCGAUCUCCAUGCUUUUGCGGUAUUCGCAUCAUCAAAUUUUUGUGUUUAUUGUGGACCUUCUUCAAAUGCUGGAGUUCAACAUACCGGUUCGGUUUCCUGCCGCCCCUUUGCUGACGGUCAUUUUGGCGUUGGUCGGCAUGGAAGCCAUCAUGUCGGAGUUCUUCAACGACACCACGACCGCCUUCUACAUCAUCCUGGUGGUUUGGUUCGCCGAUCAAUACGAUGCAGUUUGCUGCCAUACAAAUGUCACUAAACGUCACUGGUUGAGGUUCUUCUACUUGUAUCACUUCUCGUUCUACGCCUACCAUUACCGCUUCAAUGGACAGUACAGCAGCCUGGCGUUGGUCACUUCGUGGUUGUUCAUACAGCACUCAAUGAUCUACUUUUUCCAUCAUUAUGAGCUACCCGUCAUCAUCCAGCAGGCGCAACUCCAACAGAUCCUCCUUCAAACGCGCAACGAUCAAGCCCAAGCCCAGCAGGCUCCCUUUCAGCAACAGCGCGCCCAACAACAGCAGCAGCAGCAGCAACAGCAACAACAACGAGCGAACAACACCCAACAGCAGCAGCAGCAACAGCAGCAACAGCAACAGCAAGGAUUAAACCGUCGCCCGAUUCAGGUGACGCUCGGUUUUGCGGCGGCCGUCGCACAAAACUACGGCGGCCAGUGGACGAACCUGUUGCGCAUGUUGCGGCGCCAGAACGACAACAACAACAACAUCGGCGACAUCCUGAAUCGCAUCCCGCGCUACAGCCUGUACACGCUGAACGUGAACAACAUCAACGGGUUGAACACGUCGCUGCGCGAUAUCGCCCGCAAUUGGGUGCAGUACUUGCGCUCGAACCUUAACGUCGGUAUGGCCAUGUUGGGUGGAAAUGCGACCGCCCCCAAUCUCUACCCCAACAACGCCAACAACGCCAACAACAACAACAACAACAACCCCGGCAACAGCAACGUGUUCGGGAUGCGACCGAUCAUGCGAGCGGCGGCCGGAUUUGUGCACAAUCGCCAGCGAACCACGCUGGUGGACGAUGCCGGUGGAUCGCUGAACGGUGGCGAACCGGAACGUGGCCGUGAACCAUCGGCGGUUGAUCGGCGUAGCAACUACCAGCGCAAUUACGAGGAGAACAACUUUUUCCCCGAGGUGGUACUUACAACCCAACAGCAGCAGCAGCAGCAGCAGCAGCAGCAGCAGCAACAACAUGCGGCAGAUUCGCAACCAGCUGCAGCUCCGGCGCUCGUGACCGGGGCAACGUUUUCCCCGGAUGUUGCGCUUCGAUCGACGACGAUCGAUGAUCGACAGCCGGUGAAGACCGCGCAAUGUACGCCCACCGUUACACCGAUGCCGGACGUCGGUGAUGCGCCACGAGUGGUCAGCAAAAUGGUCAGCGUAAGCACGAUCGAGGGAUCAGCUGCUGCUGCUGCCACCGCCGCUAGUCAGCCAGGCGCCGUUUCUAGUGAUAGUUUCGAUUCCAGCAUCAGUAGCAGUAGAACCGAGGCGGAUCAGCAUAGUGCCGUGCGGCGACGGUCACAAGCACCACUCGGGACGCAACCGGAAGGAGCGCCCUAAAGGAUGCACCAACCUCCGCCCCAUGGUGUGUGGGUGGGUGGGUGUGUGUGUGUGGAUGUGCGUGUGUGUGACGUGACGUGAUUUCUGUGUAUGAUGUUUCUUAUGUGUAUUUUUUUUUUUAACGAUGGGUUGCGCUUCCGUUACGACUUUAUUUCGACGGUUUUUUCUUUGUCUACAUCAUUCUGACAGUUGCGAUUAAUUUAUGUAACUAUACGAUCGUCGAUCGCGGGCUGCAUGAUCGCGGGCGGGGAUCGAAAGAAUGGCUUGAAGCAAACAAAAGCAAGCAAGCAAUCCGAGGAGCAAAACCCCGGGCAGCAGAUUGUGACGCAUUGGAAUAAUGGCAAUGGAAGUGAGGUUAUCGUCGCCGCGCCUUGGGCGGGGAGACGCCGUUGUAUUUUGAACAAUAAAUUUGAAUUAAAAACCCCCGUCCCUGACUUUCCAACCAAACCAAACGGGAGAUCAACCGUAUGCGAAAUGCGCCGCAGGUGUUGGUUGAUUUCGUAGGUGGCGUAGAUGUAGAAAUGCCGAAAUGAUGCCGCGUCGUGUGCUGUAGAUCCGUAAUGCCAGACAGCCAAGUGUGGUUCUGAUUUCAGCAACAACAUGCAAUAAACACACACACACACUCCUACACAAGUACACACACUCCCAUACGCGUACUCGGA